AUGCUAGCAUACGUUGAAUUCAAUCAAAAUUCUUGUUGGAAUACUGGAGCAAGAACCGUUAAUGAGCCACCAGUUUUACCCGUGAUAUUUUCUCGCUCUCUCUCUCUCUCUCUUUCGUAUAUCUGUUUAUUUAUUUGUUAUUUUUCUUUCUCUUUCUUCAUUUCUAGAUUGGCAACGGGUUUUCCGGAUGCGCGCACUUGCCUCCUCCACCAGAAGCUGCAGAUGCUCAACUGCUGCAUCGAGCGGAAGAACGCCCGGGAGGCGAUGAUCGCGGACAGGGAAUUCUCUUCGGCGGAAUCAUCGGAAAAUGAGUGUGAUGAUGAUGAGGAGUUUUUCGAUUGUUCCACGGAUAUGGAGAAGCCGCGUCAAUCGGUUGGGAGGCUCGGGAAGUUCGAGGAUAUGAAACUGCUGCAGACUGGGGAGCAGCUGUAUAUUCCUAUAACGCAGGAUCCGGUACCGAAGACCGAAGAUCAAUUAGAGGAGGACACUGAUAUUCUUUUGAAGUUGGGUUCGGAUGCGGCGGGUUCGGAGCUCAGGGCGCGCAUGAUGAGCGCUUCGCUGUUGAGCGACAUGGAGUCUUUCAAAGCUGCGAAUCCUGGUUCUAUCCUGGAGGAUUUCAUCAGGUGGUAUUCGCCUAGGGAUUGGAUCGAGGAGGAGGGUGUGGAUGAGUGGGGUCAGAAGAAAGGUAAAUUGAGUUCGAGGAUGCUGAUCUCCGAUAACACCUGGGUGGAGAUGUGGACGACGGCGAAGGCGGUUCCGGCUAAUCGUCAGAAACGUCUGUUCGAUGAUACGCGCGAAGCCGAAAAAGUUCUUCAUUUCUUGGACUCUAGAAGUAUCGGGCAGAUUGGGGAGCUUCUGGUUCCUGUUCUGGCGCAGGUCGCCAUCUGCAGGGUGAUGGAUGAGUGCGAUGUAGUUGAUGUAGCGAUGAACGAUUCCCAAGAAGCUUUGCAGAAGAUCACGAAGAUCUGCGAGCGCUUGACGCGCGAAUCCAAAGUGAAUAUGCACAAGUAUGAAGCGAUGUUCUUGGAGCUCGUGGAUUUGGAGCUGACUCUCUCUCAGGCUAAUUCGUUGCUCUACAAGUUCAAUCCGUCAGGCUCAAAAGAUAAUGAUUUGAAUGUAAUGGUUGGUGAUUUGAUACGAGGCGUUGAGGUGGAGAUCGAAGAAAGGGCGGAUUCGCUUGUAGGCGAACGUUUGGUCACUAUGUUUUCCGAUGCCCAGAAGGCUCUCAAUAUGAUUGUCCACGAUCAGGCGCAGGUUCCGAAGAGCACCACUUUCCCUUUGGCUGCGAAGAGGGAAUUCGUUUUACGUGUUUCCUCCCAUCGUCCAGCGGCAUACUCUGCUCGUUGCCCGCAGCUGAUGAGGGCCGUUCUCUCUAGAAGUGAAUUCCGGCUCUGCGGCGCCUUCACCGAGGAUAUCGUCUUCUUCUAAUUCCACUGAAUACAUUACAUAAUCAAAUUUUCUUAUCAAUCUCAAUAGGUGCUGGAUUAUCUAUAUAUCUACUAUUAACUCUCUAUAAUUUAUCAAUAAACUAUAAUUACU